CUAACUGAACGCUCCACUCAAACAAGCUGUUCCUCACCAGCUUUCAGUCUGUUGACACGCAAAACCUGAGGCCAGAGUUUCCGAGUAAAGCUGGGAAGUUUGUAAAGCGUAAUGACAACGUCAGGUCAAAUGUUUCUCAAACGUUGUAUGAAUUCAUUGUUACAUAAAGCGAUGUCACACUGUCAGUCCUGCUGAAGUUCUGAUUGCCACCGAAAGCCUCGUGCCUCUAGCUGAAUCACAGUAAAAACUAAUUUAUCAUCAACAUGAGAACAAUCACAAGGACUCGCGACCUGAAUUUCCGCACGAGACAAGGAAAGUACGCGGAAGCUCGACAUGUUUGUCCCUCCCAGUCAUUCAGGGCUAUUAAACUUGUCAGCUUGCAGGUCAUGUCAGCCACAUUCGCCGGGUUUGAGAGAAACGCUGAUCGAUGGACGGACACACACCUGGAGAACCCGUGGAUAUGAACGCAGUGGCUGUGGUGAGUCGUCGCGGGUGGAACGCCCUGAAAGCUCGGGACAGGACAGAGAUGAAGAAUCCCGCACAGACGGUGAUCGUUCACCACACAGCGCUCCGGUACUGCGCGCACCCGCGCGACAGCGUCUCUGAGCUCGCGCACAUCCAGCACAUGCACAUGCAAGAGAGGGGCUUCGACGAUAUCGGUUACAAUUUUCUGAUCUCUGGAGAUGGGACGGUGUAUGAAGGGCGAGGAUGGGGGAUUGUAGGGGCCCACGCAAAGGAACACAACUUCAGUUCUGUUGGCAUCGCAUUCAUGGGCAACUUCAACGAUGAAUUGCCCAGUUCUGCGUCACUGUCUGCUCUGCUGAGACUGCUGCACAUUGGAGUGCUUCACGGUCAUGUGCAGCCCAAUUUUGAGCUUGUGGGACACAGAGAUGUGGCAAAAACUGAGUGUCCGGGGAAAAAUAUAUAUGCUUUACUACCAAAACUAAGAGACCAAUUACAAAACCAGUGACCUCUUUUGUGUGUGUGUCAGUGUGUGAAUGUGAAAAUGUAUGAUGGGUUUAUUUUUGCACUAAAAUGUUACAUUUUACAGUCUUGCGUGCCUUGUUAAAAUCCCUUGUCAGAAAAUCAUGAAGUAAUACUAAUGUGUAGAUUUUAUCAUAAUUUUAAAAAAAAAAGUUCUGAUAUAUAAAAGUUCCAUAUAAAAUUCUGUUUAUCCAGAGGAUUCAUCUUGUUUGAUCCCUUUCAAAUUAAUAUAAAUAAUCAUAGAAAUCCCAUUAGCAGUCUUUAUUAUUUUUGGUGAAGGAUAUUUUUCAGAUGAUUUCUUUGAAGACUAGAUUUGAAAUCUCCAAAAUUGUAUUAAAUUAUUGUCAAUCAUUUCUUCAUACCGAAAAACCUCAGGUAGUUCAAAUGGACUGUACAGUAAUGUGCAAUAAAUUAAAACUCAGGUGUGGCCAAUUAGGCGUGGGUGUCAAAUAUCCUAAAAAAUGAAAAGGUUUCUAUUUUUUUAAGCCUUUUUGUCCCAGUGACAUGUUGUGCAUCAGUGCCUUUUUAUGAGGUACAAUCAAUGAUCACCUUUGUGUCUGUGAUUUUAUCAUUAAACUCUUAUAUA